AUGGUGAUAUAUCCAGCUAAGCAUGUGACAUCCGAAUUCGGCCAAAACAAACCCCAGGAAGCAAUCAACUUGACCACCAACCCACCAUGGAGCCAAGAACCCCGAGUCUUCCCCAGUUCUGGAUGGGAGAACAUCGAACCUUCUUUCCUGGUUGAAGAAGAAAAUAUUCCAACUUAUAAACUCGAGAAGUUCUAUCCAGUUCGUAUUGGUGAAGUUUUCAACCAUCGAUAUCAAGUGGUCGGCAAGCUCGGCUAUGGUUCAACUGCGACAGUGUGGUUAUGCCGUGAUCUCUUGGGCCAUUGUUAUGUAGCACUAAAAGUCUACAUCACUUCAACAUCCGUCUCUCAGAAACUUGAGAUUUAUAACCACCUAAGAACAAUACAGUCCGAUCACGCAGGCCAGUCAUGUCUGCGACCGUUGAUUGAAACGUUUCAGGUUCGGAAUCCGGAUGCGCAUAGAAUUCAUACAUGUCUUGUGCAUCCGCCGCUGGGCAUAAGCCUCGACCAGCUCGCACCACUCCUCCCUGGUAAGGUCAUGAGUAGCUCUAUGGUGAGAACCACUAUGCGAAAUAUCCUCGCGGCUCUAGACUUCCUUCAUACCGAAGCACAAGUCAUACAUACAGACACCCAACCGAAUAAUAUUCUUCUUGGUAUCAAAGAUACUUCAAUUUUAUCGCGUUUCGAAGAAGCGGAGGUUGAAGGUCCUGUACCUUGGAACGUUGGGAUGGUGCAGCCGAAGAUUUGGGAUCUUUCAGAACAUCGUCACCUUUUCAAGGCCCGGAAUGACGAGGAAAAGCUGGAUGAUGGACAGCAUUUAGCAGAAAUGCAAGCUGUUCUAGGAAGGCCUCCUGCAGAGUUUCUCGCUCGAAGCGGGAGGUCGCUCCAAUUUUGGGAUGCCAACGGCCAAUGGAAAGGUCCAGUUCCAAUUCCGGAUCACGAUCUCGAGACUCUGGAAGAAAGACUUGAAGACAGCGAAAAGGAAGACUUCUUGCGAUUCUUCAGGCGCAUGCUUUGCUGGCUACCGGAGGAAAGAGCUACUGCGAAGGAGCUCUUGUUUGAUCCCUGGUUGAUGCAUGGUCUCUUCAAGUGAAACAUUUCAACCUAUCCUUUGUCUUCUUGGCUUUUGUGCAUUUUAGCAAUUGAGAGAAUCUUGACACUUUGUGUACGCACCCAAACUACCUGAUGUUCUGCUUGUUACAUAGUAUCUGCCCGGUCAUGCUUGCCGAAAUUCGGAAUCUGCCAUUAAAUAGCAGUGUUAGGAUCAUAACCCUCUUGGACUGGGUCCAUGGAG